CCUGACUCUCUCUGAUUCUCUCCCAGUACCUGCCCAGAGCCAGCCAGCAAUGAGUGCAGCCAGCUCAGGACUCAGCUCAGAGGGGAGGCAGCCCUGCACCUGAAAAGUGAGUAAGGGACACUAAUGCCUUCAUUUAACCCUUUCACUGCCAGAUCCACUGGAAAUAUUACACUUUAUAUGUAAGGAAUAUUUCCUGGGCACUUCUAUCUAUACACUGAUUCCCAUACAUGUGAUAUUAUAUUUUAGAAUAUUUUAGUCUAUAUCUUUUUCAUAGAGUAUAAUCAUUUUUCUUGCACUGUAAAUCCAAUAAUCUCAGAAUUCUCUGCAAUGUAUACAUCAACAUGUUGCUUUUUGUUUGUUUAGUAUUUGUCUUGGGGUGGGGAGGAAAAGUGGCAGAAAUUGCAAACCCCCCUGUUUUGCCAACUUCUACUUGGGGAGUCUUUAGAUUUUUAAUUUACAGAAACUCUGAACCUUCCAUUUAAUGAAGGAUUUAUUUUCAUUAAAAUGUAAGCUAUUUGCAGAGACCUGUUGCUGCAGGAUUUUGAGAAGUUUGUUGAAGCAGAUGAGGGGUUAAUGUUACAUUGCUAUUUAAUGUUCAGUCCCACAGAUGUCAGAACUCUGUGUGGUUGCUAUGCAAUUUGUGUUAGAAUGUCUACACAUUAUAUGAUGUGAGUGUGUGUGUGUCACUUUCUGUUGCAGCUGUGGGUACAGUUUAUUCUAUGGUUGCAUUUAGAAUUAUUUAUAAAACAAAGUAUGUAUUCCUUUUCAUAAAUGAACUUUGAGUUGGGCUAUUGCCAUUUUGUUUAUUGUUUUAACUCAUUUAGAGAAGAUACAAAGUGAUUAAUAACAACACCCCUGUAACAGAUAUAAUGACAGCAAACCCUGAAAUGGAACAUUUUAUAAAGUGAUCACAAAAUGAAACCUUUCCAUUAAAAACAACCAACAGAUCAGCAAAAACCAAUGUGUUACAUUUAAACUGUAAUUAAUACAUAAAAGUUUUAUCUUUCUGUAGAUACAUUAUAAUACAGUUAUUACAGCACUGCAUGUGCAAGGGUUAAUCUGUAUUAUUAUCUAUUCUAGAAGAUCUAUCUCUGAUGCUUCCUGUUCUCUGUGGAUUCCAAAAUGUGUUUGUAAUCUUAAAAAAAAAAAAAAAAAAAAUCAAAAAAGAAUAAAUCAGGGCUGUUCGUUGUAAUUUGGGGACACUAGGGAGAUUAACUCCAGCCUCUGGCAGUCAAUGGGUUAAAUUAACCCAUGCUAGCACUAUGGCGGCUCCCUGACUGCUUCACUGGCACUUGUUAUCCUCAUAUCUUGUGACAUGUUCGAAUUCCCCUCUGCAAGGCCAAAAUUCAGGGAUUUAUUUACUAAACAGUUGGAUUUUUGUGAAGUGAAUUGAGAAACAUGGGACCAAUUAAAGAGUUAAUGCUGAAAAAAUAUUUUCCAAAUCCGAAGAUGAAUUUAGUUAUUUUAGUCUAAAUCGUGUAAAUUCAGCUUUUAAUUAAACCUGCCAUCACUGUUUAUUAAAUGUACCCCAAAACCACACAUUCCUAGUUUGCCACCAAAAUCUAGCAAUAUGUUUCAUUACACACACAUCCCUGCUGGCGUCCAUCGACUUCUCAUGACAUUCCAGAUUCAUUUGCAUUUUGUUGGUUACUUUUCAUAAAUUACAUGCUGAAUCUGACCCCCAUCAGAUCUUGUGUUGGGCUAAAUGUUCCAUUUAAUGGAUUUUUUUCCCAUUCAUUUAAUGAGAUUUCAGGGUGGUGAAUGUGAAUGUAAAAUACAAGGAUUGCAAGUUUUAAAAAAUAAAUAAAAAUAUAAAUAUUUAUAUAUCUUGCAGUAGUGUAAUAAGCUACAUUUAACCCCUUGAUGACAGGCAAUGCAUCAGUCAUCAUACAAAUUGUUGUGUUCAAAUUCUUGUCCAAAAAGGGUUAAUAUACAUGUAUGCGGCCUGAUUUACAGAUUGUAGCGGAAAAAAAAUAAUAAAGGACAUAAUUUGCAUCUUCUCUCCUUUAAGUACACACUGACGAGCUAUGCAUUACUGAGCCAAAAUUAGAGGCUCACACGUGCCAGAUCCAUAGAGACAUUCAUCUAUUACUUUAGAAAGAUUAAGUGAAAUAUCUUCUCUACGGUAAAGAAACACUGUUGCUAUGUGUUGAGAGAUGUGGUAGCUAUGGCACACUUGUUGGGCACAUUAAAAUGGCCAGGAAUUGAAACCACAAAACACUUGUUGGCCACCGUUCUGUAAGAAAUGAGUUGUCUGCCAAAUGAUCCUCAUAGAUUUCCUACAUCUCAGCUGGAGGAGAGUGCUUGGCUUUUACUCAACUUUUGCUACCGAGAAGAUUCCUUGGAGGACGUCCACGCUUUAUCUGGGCAGUUAGGGUUCUUUGCCUUAAAAAUCCACAAAAAAAUGUGCGGACGAAGGUACAGACGCACUUUUGACAUUUAUCAGGUGAUGUGGAUAAAUUGAAUCGAAAUAGAAUUUUUCACGCAAAAAAAGUGUGCACUUGUCUUUUGCCCACUUUUUCCCAAUCUGUACUUUAUGCUACUUUAAUUAACCCCUUAAGGACCAAACUUCUGGAAUAAAAGGGAAUCAUGCCAUGUCACACAUGUCAUGUGUCCUUGAGGGGUUAAGUUGUGCAUGUUCUAUGGAUGGAAUGAGACAGGCGCUCUUCUUCCCACUAGAAUUUUACUUCAAAUUCAAUCUAACCUAUUAUCUUCCAGCUGGAGUUUUGUUCUCACAGAUACAAUGUAUGUGAGAGUCCCACACCAGGUGACGGGGUAUUGAAUGCAAAAUAUGUGACUAUGACAUUAUUUGAAUGUUUCCAGUUCAUUUUCCUUCGGUCAGUAAUGGACUUUGUGUCCCAGUGCCUGGAGUGACAUAGGAACAGACUGCAGGGGGGAGAAUCAUCUCCCUCCACCAGUGACCCAGUGUUUUACAGAAUGCAGUAUCUAAUUUGAAGUCUGUGCAGGUUGAGCUGCCGUUGUGGUGUUUCAACACUAUGCAAAUCCUACCGGCAGCCAAAACAUGAGGAAUUUGCAUCCACUGGGAUGAAUGACACGUUAGGAGAUUUGAAUCCAGUUUCAAACAGACAUAAUUAAACGCGGCGUGAGUCAACUGGCAAGUGUUCUCUCUAAGAUGACCUGCUCCGAACGAGUCCAAGAUUACUUCUUGUUAGCCUUUUCCCCCUGUAAAUGCUUAUUGAUUUUUGCUGCUGAAUCUAUUUUAACCUCUUUAAUGCUCGUCUUGUCAACUUCGAGGGAACGUAGAAAUAAAAGACUUGGCCGUAGAGGCCGUUUGACCAGUCUGAUUUGCCCAAUAUUUGUUAUCUGUCGCACAGGGCUCAAAAUAUCCAUUAGUCGCUGGCAAGUAAAAAUUUAUUCCUAGCUAGUAGCAAUUGAUGUGUGCCAUGGAUCCACCAGGUAAGUUGUAGGUAGGUUUGAGGCCUGUUAGUAGGAACUAAAAAAUACAUUUAAAACAAAAUUGAUUUCAGGAGCCAAAAGUCCCUUAGAAUGUGCCCAUUUUCUCCAAAACACAGGCUUUAUGUAGGAUUUCACUCCUUAGGACUGAAGUGUGUAGCCCAAGUCAUCUUCAAUUCUUCCAUUGAAUUACUGCCUCUGCUGGUAGGCUGUUCCCUGUAUCUACAACUCCUUCCGUAACCUACAAUUUAUUCCCUCAAUCUUCCCGUUAUGUCUUCUUGUUUCAGCUGCCCUCUAUCCCUCUUUCUACAAAAACUAGCAACGUCUAGUGCUUUAUGAAACGCCUUGAGAUAUUUGUAAAUCCCUGCUCCCCCUUCACCCCCAUUCUAUUUCUGCUAUGUCGGUACAAACUCUGCAUUCUUAUAGAUUGUAUAUUAAUCAGACUUGUUCUACUGAUCUAUAAAUUAAUAUAAGCACUGUACCUUUCCUACCGAGUCCCUCUUCAUAUUCUCUCCCAAAUUCGGCAGUUCUUGCUUCAAUUUGUGACGCUGACUCCAGCCCUCUCGUCCGUUUUGACACCUUAGAUUGAUAGAGAGAAAUCUCAAUGUAUCAAUCCUGGUAAAAUAUUUUAUAAAUAAAUAAUAGAUUUCCUGCUUCUCUUUGAACUAAUACCCAACACUGCAGGCUGUAUAAACAAUCUAUACCUCAACUGGUUAAUUGGCAAUAGUGACAUUAUAACGUCAGCCACAAAUACGAGUAAACAUACUAUUUAAACAUUAGUAAAAGUUACACAGGCGCAGUAUACACCGUGUGCGGGUAAAUCACUCCAAGCUAUGUUUAUGUUGGUUGUACAACGUGCCCUACUGUAAUAAACUGAUUAUUAAACAUAAAAUCUGACAUGGGAAUUUAUAAACUUUAAAAUAAUUUAACAAUAAAAAUUAGGGGCCUUAGGGGUGAGAAUUCAAAUGGCACAGAUUGAUAAAAUGGCACAGAAAUUAAAAGUAGUUUGGCUGUUUUGGGAAUAGCACAUUCCUUGGGAAUUCCUCGAAGCCCGAUGAAAAUCUCUGUAAAUGCUCAAUGUUAUUUAAUAUAAAACUGUUGCAUGUGAGGUUAACAUGAUAACUAGCUAAAAGGUAUGUAUGGUUUGUGCUAUUCGAUUUAGAUUUCACUCUGUAUUUAUUUUCUAUAGUUUACAUUCUAUUCCUGUCUCUCCUGGCACGGCCAGAGCACAUCAUGUAAAUGUAUUUAAUUCUCAUGAUUCCAUAUCUACAAGCGCAUGACUCGGCAAGGAAUGUGUGAGCAUGAUACCCUCAGACGCCAUUUUAGGAAGUGACCAAGCAUGCAUGGACGCGCCUGCAGUUUCCUGGAGAGAUAGGGUCUUUCUCUGAACACAGAAUGAUUAAUACUUACCUUUGCUGUACUACCCACCCCAGUGAGAACAUCAGUAGUGAGGAAGUGAGAUGUGACAUAAUAGUUUUAAUAAAAUCCAGAUCUACAAAUCUCUCAUGGCUGCCUGGGAAUCAUUAGAUGUACAAUUAUUUGUAUAGUGUUAACAUAUUCCACAGCGCGGUACAAUAGGUAAAAUACAAACAAUUCUAACAAAUCAGAUUUGAUAAAUGGGAACAGCAUCUGAAGAGGGCCCAAACUGUAACGAUUGUAGCGCCAAACUUUAGCAGUCCCAGCUAUUGAUUGAUGGCGCAUGCUGUGCGAUAUUUGGCCAGCACUGAUUCCUACACGUGACUCUUUAGUAAAUACAAUCAGAUCGUGUCUCUGGUUCCAGAAAUGCGGGAUGCAAGCUGGGGACGCAGUAACGGCAGCACAGACCGGCACGUUUUGGGGUUAGUCACAUGGCCUGGGGUUUAACCCCUUUAAUGGACUGUUGUUGAGAAUUAUUUCAUUGUACAUCAGAUUACCCAAGCUGGAGAAUUUUCCAAUUCCAAAGUUUACUCUGUGAGCUACGGUCCGUUCGCCAUUUAGUGAUGAUGGUGUUGAUCAUUGUUGCUGGGAGAAGUGUGAAGGAGCCAGUGCCAUAAGCCGUUAAUUAAAAAAUAAUAAAUGUAGUGUGCAACUCGCCUGAUCCACUACACAUUCCACCAGAAUCAACUGUGAAUGCUCUACCUAACCAAUAAAGUGACCAAUUCAUCCAACAUUACUUUCUACGAUCCUAAACAUCCACAUCUCACUUUACUAUUCCAGUUUCCUUCACAGUAACGUGCAGUGUGUGGGUGUACCACAGAGCUCCACAGCAAUAAAACUCACAGUAACAUGCAAUGUGUAGGAGUGUAUCACAGAGCUCCACAGCAAUAAAACUCACAGUAACAUGCAAUCAGUAUGAGUGUAUCACAGAGCUCCACAGCAAUAAAACUCACAGUAACAUGCAAUCAGUAUGAGUGUAUCACAGAGCUCCACAGCAAUAAAACUCACAUUAAUGUGCAAUCAGUAUGAGAGUAUCACAGAGCUCCACAGCAAUAAAACUCACAGUAAUGCACAGUGUGUAUUAGAGUAUCAUAGAGCUCCACAGCAAUAAAACUCAAAGUAAUGCGCAGUGUGUAUGAGAGUAUCACAGAGCUCCACAGCAAUAAAACUCACAGUAAUGCACAGUGUGUAUGAGUGUAUCACAAAGCUCCACAGCAAUAAAGCUCACAGUAAUGUGCAAUCUGUAGGAGUGUAUCACAGAGCUCCACAGCAAUGUCAGUCACUGUGACAAUAAUGGAGCAUUCAGAUCACUAACUACAUUUUAAAAACAUCACGUUUAUUGCAUUUAGAUGUUUAUUAAAUGUAAGUCUGACCUGGCACAGCCUGGCAUCUGAUGCAAAUUUCCAGUUUCUUGCAUUUCUCUGCACAGGCCCACGAAAGCAGGUGCUCGCAGGAGAUCGUGGGGAAAAUGAUGCAUAGCACAUAGCACAUAGCACACCUGUAGAACAUUCUGGAAAUUAACCUGAAACUCCCCGUAAAUGGGCAGUAUACAGAGACUGCCAUGUAUAUUUUGUGACCCCAGUUUGAAGAGAAAUGGUGUAAAUGCCAGACUUGUGUAUAUGUGCACAACUGGCACAGGUUUUAACCCUUUCGCUGCCAAACCGGCCAUUCACAAAUUGUAAACGGUGUGGCAGUGUAAUAGUUCAAAUAAAUCCGGAUACUCUGGUGAUAAUGUACCCAUGGCACGUCUGUUCUGCCGUUCCACCGUUUUAAAAAAGAUCAAUAAAGCACUGAGGACGUACAGCCCGCUGUGAAGUAGAAUUACACACUGCAAACAUGUAUCACAGGGCCUGGAACAUGACAUGAACAUAUCAGGUUUAUUCACAGAGCUCCAGCGUGUGGCCAAAUCCAAAUGGCAACAUUGAGGCUAAAAGAGCUAACCGGUGAUUCCAAUUAGAAUCGCUAUUCACUAGAAUUCUGUGUUUGGUAAAUAGAAACCGGGAAACAAAGUCGGGACUGUCUCCCUAAAAUAAGAACUGUCCCCCUAAAUCAGGAAUGUUGGGAGACUUGUUUUAUUGUUCUUACGGCUGGCAAUGUAUCAUGGAAAUUGGGGCUCUCUCAUGAACCCUCCCCUGCAUGAGAAGAUGUAGGACUUUCAAAGCUGCUGAAUAAACCUGGAUUUGUUCACACAUUACGCCAUGACAGGCUUAGCCCGCCGCUGUGUCAAAGCUCCUCACUUUAGGCAGAUUUGAACUUAAUCCUAUUGUUUACACAGCUAAUUAUUGCUGAACCAGGAAAUUAAUCUGUGUGUUAAACCUGUCCAUAGCUUGUCCAGCUACGUGGGCACCGCUAGCGACACAUGGCAAACAUUAUAUUGCCAUAUUAUUCGAUUAUCUGUGAUAAGACUUUUUAUGCAGUGCUGAAAGUACUAUAAUGAUACACUGGACAAAAGGAUGACAGGUUUGGAAAUGUCUCCACAACCACAAGCCGGUAUUAUUUUCUGCUAAUACACCAGCAUUAUAUACAUUUUAUAUCACAGUAUUUUUUUACAGAAUUUGGGCACCAGUCUUUGCUAUAAUAAUUAGUACCUGGCGAGUUAUUACUGAAGUACAAGAUCAUAGAGCAUUAUAUCCAAACUGUCAGACUGUCCUCUGAAAUAACCAAGCAGAGCUCGAGCUGGACCGGAGAACCUUUCCUAUUAUGCGUCAAUUUGUCUAUUCAGAUUUAAUUCCACAACUACAAAGUGUCUCUUUUGUUCCCAAAUCCCUCUGUCUCUCUUUUCUUUUCUAAUGUCCCUCUUUUCUGGGAGCAAUAAUACUCCCAGUAAUGUGUCUGAGUGUAUAACAGAGCUCCACAGCAAUAAUACUCCCAGUAAUGUGUCUGAGUGUAUAAAAGAGCUCCACAGCAAUAAUACUCCCAGUAAUGUGUCUGAGUGUAUAACAGAGCUCCAACGCAAUAAUACUCCCAGUAAUUUGUCUGUGUAUAAAAGAGCUCCACAGCAAUAAUACUCCCAGUAAUGUGUCUGAGUGUAUAAAAGAGCUCCACAGCAAUAAUACUCCCAGUAAUGUGUCUGCCUGUAUAACAGAGCUCCGCAGCAAUAACACUCCCAGUAAUGUGUCUGAGUGUAUAACAGAGCUCCACAGCAAUAAUAUUCCCAGUAAUGUGUCUGAGUGUAUAACAGAGCUGCACAGCAAUAAUACUCCCAGUAAUGUGUCUGAGUGGAUAACAGAGCUCCACAGCAAUAAUACUCCCAGUAAUGUGUCUGGGUGUAUAACAGAGCUCCACAGCAAUAAUACUCCCAGUAAUGUGUCUGAGUGUAUAACAGAGCUCCACAGCAAUAAUACUCCCAGUGAUGUGUCUGCCUGUACAACAGAGCCCACAGCAAUAAUACUCCCAGUAAUGUGUCUGAGUGUAUAACAGAGCUCCACAGCAAUAAUACUCCCAGUAAUGUGUCUGAGUGUAUAACAGAGCUCCACAGCAAUAAUACUCCCAGUAAUGUGUCUGAGUGUGUAACAGAGCUCCACAGCAAUAAUACUCCCAGUAAUGUGUCUGCCUGUAUAACAGAGCUCCGCAGCAAUAACACUCCCAGUAAUGUGUCUGAGUGUAUAACAGAGCUCCACAGCAAUAAUACUCCCAGUAAUGUGUCUGAGUGUAUAACAGAGCCCACAGCAAUAAUACUCCUAGUAAUGUGUCUGAGUGUAUAACAGAGCUCCACAGCAAUAAUACUCCCAGUAAUGUGUCUGAGUGUAUAACAGAGCUCCCCGGCAAUAAUUCUAGCAGUAAUGUGUCUGAGUGUAUAACAGAGCUCCACAGCAAUAAUACUCCCAGUAAUGUGUCUGAGUGUAUAACAGAGCUCCACAUCAAUGAUACUCCCAGUAAUGUGUCUGAGGGUAUAACAGAGCUCUCCAGCAACAAUACUCCCAGUAAUGUGUCUGAGUGUAUAACAGAGCCCCACAGCAAUAAUACUCCCAGUAAUGUGUCUGAGUGUAUAACAGAGCUCCACAGCAGUAAUACUCCCAGUAAUGUGUCUGAUUGUAUAACAGAGCUCCACAGCAAUAAUACUCCCAGUAAUGUGUCUGAGUGUAUAACAGAGCUCCACAGCAAUAAUACUCCCAGUAAUGUGUCUGAGUGUAUAACAGAGCUCCACAGUAAUAAUACUCCCAGUAAUGUGUCUGUGUAUAACAGACCACCACAGCAAUAAUACUCUCAGUAAUGUGUCUGAGUGUAUAACAGAGCCCCACAGUAAUAAUACUCCCAGUAAUGUGUCUGAGUGUAUAACAGAGCCCCACAGCAAUAAUACUCCCAGUAAUGUGUCUAAGUGUAUAACAAAGAUCCACAGCAAUAAUACUCCCAGUAAUGUGUCUGAGUGUAUAACAAAGAUCCACAGCAAUAAUACUCCCAGUAAUGUGUCUGUGUAUAACAGACCACCACAGCAAUAAUACUCUCAGUAAUGUGUCUGAGUGUAUAACAGAGCCCCACAGCAAUAAUACUCCCAGUAAUGUGUCUGAGUGUAUAACAGAGCCCCACAGCAAUAAUACUCCAGUAAUGUGUCUGAGUGUAUAACAGAGCUCCACAGCAAUAGUGUACUCCCAGUAAUGUGUCUGAGUGUAUAACAGACCACCACAGCAAUAAUACUCCCAGUAAUGUGUCUGAGUGUAUAACAGAGCACCACAGCAAUAAUACUCCCAGUAAUGUGUCUGAGUGUAUAACAGAGCCCCACAGCAAUAAUACUCCCAGUAAUGUGUCUGCGUGUAUAACAGAGCCCCACAGCAAUAAUACUCCCAGUAAUGUGUCUGAGUGUAUAACAGAGCUCCACAGCAAUAAUACUCCCAGUCUGAGUGUAUAACAGAGUAGCAAUAAUACUCCAAAUGUGUCUGUGUGUAUAACAGAGCUCCACAGCAAUAAUACUCCCAGUAAUGUGUCUUUAAACAACAAUAAAUGUGUUUAGAAAUCAGUCUGUAAAUAAGAGACAUUGUUCUUCUUCUAAAUUACAUUUUAUUUUGCAAAUUGUUCUUAGUAAGUCACCUAAAAGUUCUCAGAAGAGCCCCGCCUCUGGCCACCCCUCUACUCACACCCCUUAAUUUGUGAGUCUGUUUGUGUGAAAUGUCAGGGGCUAAUUACAGAAUCUGAUCAUACAUUGCAUGUUCACUCUCUAGCUAACUACCAUAUAUUUCAUUUAACUGAUUUUUGUGUUAUUAGAUCUUUGAUCGUUUCACAUUAUUUUCAUUUUUUAUUGCACAAACGCCCCAACAUUUAGUGGAGGUGGAGUAUGUAUUUGUUAAUUAAUGGGAUACUUUAAGCACUAUAACCACUGCAGCCUGAUGUAGCCUGGCCCGUUCCCCGGUAAUGGGGCAUACUGUUUAUUAAUGGUUUGCCCUUUUGGCUGCAUUCCUAGCGGGCUCCAAAUCUCCUAUGUCUAGUGCCAUGCUUCCAGCUCCUGCAGAGCCCAUCCAGUCGCGAGUUCAGGGCAGCGUCAGGUGAUCACUUUCAGUCAAUGAAUGGCACACUGUGCAAAACAAAAAAUUGCACAAAUUGGCUUUUCUUCUGAGCUGACUAUGUGGAUUUACACCUCGGCAGCCAAGGGGUUAAACUCUGUGCAGUGUUUCAUAGCAAAUAAUAGAGACUUCAUACACCAUAACCACCUUACAUCAUGGAAGUGGUCAUGGCUCCUGGAGUAACGCUUUAAAUGUUUGGGUGGCACUAGUGCAGCUUGCAAAGUCCAUUCUGUGCUGGGCCUCUUUUCUUUGGCAAUUUGGUUCUGAAUUCACCGGUUUAAGCAAACAGUGUUUGGGACUUACUGCCGGCUGUGCAGUCGUUAACCAUUUAGGUACCACAGUAACGACCCCAUUAUCCUUCUUGCAUCUUUCCGUUCAACUUAAAUUUUGUAAUUCUCUUGUCAAAUCCCCACAGAUCACCGUUUAGUGAAUGCACCCCAAAGCGUUACCCCCCAUGCUGUGUGCAUGGAAAGCAGUCUAUUAAUCUUCUUGGCUUGUGUGUGAGCUGUUUAAACACCCUUGUUAUAUCUCCUGUGUUCAUCUCGAUCUGCUCAGAAGAGUUUAUAAUAGAUCACUUCUCUACUUGAGAAAUAGUAAACAGAGUAAGUUUUAAAACGCCAGCUCGCUCGAGUUAAGUUGUUGCAGCUGUCAGUGUCAGUAUUACACUAUUAUGACUGUGUUUAUGGGAAAUAACGCAAGUUUAAUGACAUGAUCCAAUAAAACAAAAAUGAAACUCUCCACCUCCCUUUCUCCCGUGACUGUCAAACAUACAAUUAAUGCAACGUUAUCCAGAGAAUACACUGGAAAAUCUAUAGGGUGCAAGCAUGAUACAAUGAAUCUCAGUGCAAGUGGUUUUAUAUUAAAAGGGAACGACAGGCUGAAAUGGCUCAUGUAGAGAAUGCAUUAAAAAUGAAGUUUAGACUAUAUAAGAAGCCACGUAUUCUGACCUCUCAUUCUGGAGUUUGUUGGUGUCAAGUAUAACAAUCCAACACGCAAGGUUUAACCCUAUAGUAUUCAAAGAGGAUAGCAGCAUAUUACGGGACCUUAGAGUGGCUUAACGCAAUGUCAUGGUACAAAACAAGGACAGGGAUUCUGGACGUACACACGAGAAGCCAACCUAGAUUACAGAGUAGCCAAUGUGAGUGGACAUGGUCAGUUACAUCAAUUAGCACCAAUGACAUACUUAAGAUUGGUGUGACAUCAUAAAAUGGGACGGAGCUACAGUGCCUGGCAUUAGAAACGCUGACAGGGAUGUCUGAGGGUGGAAACCUGACGUGAUACAUUCUUGAAGAGGUAGAGGCACCCUGUGAGUUAACAGUAUGACAUGUUUAACCUAAAGGACGAAAUGGUUAAUAGAUUUCACAGAAUUCUUUGCACAGCCCCAAUUUUACUUAAAGCAGAGGUGUAUGGGACUUGUAGUUCAGUUAUCAGUUUUCUACUCAUUAAACAGUUAGUGGAACUACAACUCCUAGAAAGCUUUCCAUGUCUCUGGUUAAGAGGGAAGCAACAGAAAGUGAGGUGUACGCAUUUACAGGAACCGGCGAGAAGGAAGUACUUUAGAAUUGAGGAGGAGAGACAAAGGGGCCGGGCUUAACAUAUGUAGAAAACUUCAAUACAUUUUACAAAAUCAGACAUGGAUAAAAUACAGAUAACGGUUUGGGCCAAAAUCUAAAAAACAUAGGAAAGUUGUGCUGGCACCAGGAGUGUGAAAAUAAAAUGAAUACCAUUUGUAGCGGAGAGCUGAUAUCCCACAGACUAAAUCUGCUAUAGAUCUCAGUGUGGCUCAGGAACAAGUAAAUAAUCCCAGGUAAAACAUCCACAGUAAUAAAAUAAUCCAAUAGAGUAGCAGGCACGAUCGGUAAUAUAAUCCAGCAAUAUCCCUUCACGUUUCCCAAUAACUGGACGACACACAGUAUCAGGAGCAGAACUGGAACUUUUAACCAAACACUCUGUUUUUAUGCACAUUCUUACACAAAAGGACUGCCCACAGGGUUUUGAAGAACAACCAAUCAAUACGUUACAACGCAGCUAAACACUCCCAUUCAUGACAUCAGAAAUCCUCCCCUCUGCCUGUGAUACAAUUAUCUCAACACAAUAGACUAACUUAAUUAUCACAGGCAGAAAAUCUACAGUUUUUACAAAAUAUUAAUAACUUCCAAAAUAUACAUGCCAUUUUCAGAAACAGCACACUUGAAAUAUACAAAUACUCAAAAAUCAUGCAAAUCCUUCCAGUAGUUCAAAAGUUAGUAGGGAGUCCUUUUCUGACCGAUCACAAGCACAUUUACCUGCCCAAAACAGUUCCAUAGAUUUGGGCUGUGUGGUCGGUCAAUUUCACACAAGAAAAAUGUCUAAGUCUCAUUCGAAUGCACGAAUGGGCCCAUUCGUGCAAAUAGUACAGCAUCACCUGGCGUUCGAAUUGUCGAGCGCACUUUGACGUUAGCCGAAGCGUCAAAGUGGAUGAGAAGGUAAACUGCAGUGGUGUUCGUGCCGUCAAGUAGCCGAUUUCAGUUCCAUGAAAUCAACGGCAAAACACCGCUGACCACGUGUGAAUGAACUAAAAUGGCCGCUGCCGCGUGUUCGGCUGUUGAAUGGUGGCCACUUCAAUUACUUCGGCUACAGCUGAAGUGCCAUAACGAAGCUGCAGGUCUUUUCCCAAAGUACUUUAAAGGGUACUUAAAACAGUGCAGUAUGAUACACUAUGCCCAAAUUCUGUCUUUAAAGGGCAAUACCCCCAGGGCCAUAGUCACAUGGCAGGAGGCGGGCAAGCAAGCCCCUCCAAAAGCUCAUGGCAAACUCUCUUAAAGGGGUGAGUUUGCCACACCAUUCAUAGUGUGUAAUAGGUUAGGUGUAAUUUUUGUAAGUGUCCAGUUUGCAGAUUUGUAAAACCAAUAAACUCCAAGGUAUUUAUUUUCUAAAACAGAGAUAACCAGUCCAGCAGUGCACAAUUUAUGUAUUUAUCAGUUAUUUUCCAUUUUUUAAAACCCGGUUCCCUAGACAUUUUUCAAACCACUGUUAGUACACUUAAGGAACGACUUUGGAGCCACUGAAAUCUGGUAACCUAGAGACCGAAGUAUCAGAAUUUCUGCUAACGUAGGCAGGAUGGGAAUAUGGUUAGGUUGGAGUUUAUAGCUCUGGUGUUUUCUGUAAAACGAAUCUCACUGAAGUUUCAAAGAAAUAUUUUUUUUUUAUUAAAACUAUGUGUUGUAUUAAAAUUUAAUAUAUUUUUAGUUUAGUUUAACAAGUACUUUGUUUCUGUAUCGAAAACAAUGAACCUUUCAUUUCUCAGGAGAGGAUUUGCUUAAAGUGCUCGGUGUGAUAAAAUUACACAGAGAGAAGGUAUUUUAAUAUGCUCUACAAUUUAUUUAUUUAAUGUUUUUCAUUUUAUUUCUUCCAUUUCAGAUGAAUAAAUCAUUUUUGUAUGUAUUUCUGACUGUUUAUAUAUUCGUGAUCUGCCCUCAGUUCAAAGCUUCCACUCCCCUUAUAUCUCCUACCCAUCACACUCAUGGUGAGCUUUUGUCAUCCGAUAAUGACCUCUACUGUCAAGAGGAAAGCAAUCAAGUUGGCCAGAACAGAAGACAGUUUGUAGAUGGUUUGGCUGGGAUUGUCCUUCCCUUUCCCUCUACAUCAUUCAUUGUCUGUACAUUGUAAGCGGAUUCUCUCUCCAUAUAUACGCUAAGGACAUUGCACCAGCGGAUAUUAUUAAGGGGCAUAUCAAGCAGAUUUGACGGAGAAAAAAUGAUUUUAUGGGACAGCUGAGUUUCAGGUGGUUGUGGGUUCGGCUAAGCUAACUUUUGAUUCGGGAACCAAAUCAGACAACAAACCAAAAAGGUGAAAAAAUGGCCAAUCAGUGCGCUGCAAAAUAUAUACAUUGUAUAACAUUGUAUAAUAUAAUAAUAUGUAUAUAUCUUACGGGACACUGAUUGGAGCAUUUCCCAGCCAUUUGGUUCACAGAUCAAAUUAGAAAAAUUAACCAAUGAGAGGGAAAACAGGAGGACAGUAAAAAACAAACUAUAUUUGUAUAUUAUAGAAUUAUUAAAGGGUCAACUAUAGUAACCAGAACCGCUGCAGCUUAAUGUAUAGUAAAUAGCUUAACAUAGUGUCCCUGCAGCAUGGAUGCGCUGAACGUUUACCAUAGAGAUAAAUUGAUUCAAUACAUCUCUAUAAGGAGAUGCUAAUUGGCGCAAAACGAUGUUUCCCUGUGUAUGUUCAAUAGUCUCCCUGUGCUUCCUAUGGGAAAGGAAUGGAUUGGCUGAGAUCAUCAUUUUUGAUUACCUCAGUCACCGAGGAGGAACCAGGUGGGGUCAGCUGCAGUGAGACCGGCGCGGCAGUUGUGUAAAGGUGAGUAAAAUCCCCUGUAAUCUCCCUAAAAUGGAGGAUUCUGCAAAACCCAGCCCCUUUGCUUGGGACACGGUAUAAAGAUAUUUUAAAGGGGAACCGUCACUUCGAUAAUUAAUAUUAUGUUUCCUUAUUCCUAUAUUUAACAAAUCUAUAUUUGUAAUUUUUUUUUUUUUUUUUUUAGAAAUUAACACCUUGUUAUCCAUGAACAACCAAUGCAACACUUGUUGGCACGAUACUAGUAACAGUCAUUUACAGUCAUUUCAGCGAUGAUUUCCCUGCACACGUAGGGUUUGUAUUUACAUUUAGAGUUCACUACUUACAGGGUUACUCCAAGCACUCUAACUACUCCAGUAUUUUGAAGUUGUCAUGGUGCUUGGAGUCUGUAUGUGCAGAUAUAUUUAAUAUUGCUGCCAGCAUUAUCCCAGAGUUAGCCAAUGAGUGACUGGCCAGAUCGGCAUAUAGCGUGUGCAAAAGCUGAAUACACAUCACUCGCCAUAACAGGAGAACUGGCGCCCGGUGAGACGAAGGAAAGAGGGUUCCCCGAUUACUGGGUGACAGCACAGUAAAUGAGUCACAUACUGACCACAGUAUGCCUUCAGAAAAUAACACGUGACUCUUUUUUUCUCUCUUCUCAUAUGCAAUUCAAAUGCAACUUAAUUUAUUUAUGAUUUUUGAGAGAGAGAGAGAGUUCCCUUUAAAUUCUACAUUGUAAUUUAGCUGUUGGUGAGGAGCGGAAUGAGCUGUAAUAACCCACAGACAAGAUUGUUUCCACUCUGUAGAUUUUCAAGCCUGCAGCGCCACCACAUGUUUAAAAAGAAGAUUGCAUUAUAUGGUCUUUCAAUUUCUUGAUCUCUUAGUGGCAGUUCAUAUAUUAGUGGACUACAUUUCCCAUGAUGCAUAGCCAUUCUGCAUAGUAAUACUUCUUGCCAUUCUAUCCCAAACCGAUCAGGGCGAUUAGGUUUUCAGUUUAAGUGAAGGCAUAACUUUUCAAUAUUGCAAUAAUUAUAUAAUUACAUUUCUAUCAUUAACUUAACACUUUGAAAAAAGAUGAAAGCCAAGCGAUAUUGACCAAAUUUAGAAUACAUUUAACAUGUAAGUAAUUUGUAUGUUAAAGGAAAAGUAAACGGUUUCACAAGAUAUAGACUUUUUUAAAAGUCAGACUUUUUAUUUUUUUAUUUGUGGGAAUAAAUUGAUUCAUAAUGGCAAUAAUAAUACAAUAAUGCUUACCUUUUCACUGUGAUCAUUUUACAAGGGCCCAGCUAAUUCACAUGCUACAUACUGCAGAUGUGUAUAGCAACACUUACUAAAUUCAAUAGUUUUUUUCCCAGACAGGAUUUAACAAUAAUUUUCUCCUCCAUUAACAAUUAAUUAAGGGACACUAUACUCUCCAAAACAACUUUAGCUUAAUGAAGCAGUUUUGGUGUAUAGAUCAUGCCUCUGAAGUGUCAGAGAAAUGAACAGUCAGACUGGAUGGGCAUGAUGUUGUUUUGGUGGCCAUAGUGUGCCUUUAACAGUGAGAGAAUGUGACCCCCUCUGCUGAUUGCAUUCUGGUCUUUGCUGGUUCUGGAAACCCGCAGGGCCAUCUGUAAAAGACUGUGAUGGUGUGAAACGGUGUUUAUCUGAAGUGAUGAAUGCCAUUCUUGCAUAAUAAAUAUUGCAAACUUUACAACCUCCCAUUCUUUUUAUAAAAAUAGCAUUAUGUCUAAAUGAUAGUUGUAAUAAUAUUGUAAUUAAUAUUUUAUUGUUACAAUUUGCAUGAUCACUGCACCUACAUAUUCAUGGUAUAAAGCCAGUAUAUUGAACCUUAAAGUAUAUUUUAAUGACAUGUUUUUGAUCUGAACAUUUUCUGUAGAGUUUACAGUAUAAUCAAUAUUUUUUUUCCCAUUCGCAGAAUAUUCCUGGUAGGACAUGUGAUCCGUUCAUUUCAACAUGACUCUUCUAGGUGGAGAAAAUUCGGACUAUGACUAUAGUGCCCUGAGCUGCGCCUCCGAUACCUCUUUCAACCAAAACAUCUUUACGGAAACAGAAUCACUCAAGGGAAUCUUUUACAAACGAGCAAAGCUCAUCCAUCCAAGAGAGGACCUCUUUAAAAGUGCUCAUCCAGAAGACCGCAAGCACCAUGCAAUCAUUAAUGUUGGGGGGAUCCGGUAUCUUCUACCAUGGACAACCCUGGAAGAGUUCCCUUUGACACGUUUGGGUCAGCUGAAACUUUGCAGCAAUUUUGAUGAAAUCUUGAACAUUUGUGACGAUUACGAUGUGACUUGCAAUGAAUUUUUCUUUGACCGGAAUCCGGGAGCUUUCAGAACUAUUUUGACUUUUCUGCGGGUGGGCAAGCUCCGGUUGUUGAGAGAAAUGUGUGCCUUGUCCUUUCAGGAGGAGCUUCUGUACUGGGGUAUUGAGGAGAACAGCCUGGAAUGGUGUUGCAGGAGGAGAUACAUCCAGAAAAUGGAAGAGUUUGCAGAGUUAAACCUGAGGGAAGAUGAGCUGAUUGAGAAUGAGAAUCCAUCCGAAUGCGAGGAAGAGACCAAAUUCAACAAGUGCAUGCGUCAUCUCCGUGACAUGGUGGAGAAACCACAGUCUGGACUUCCAGGAAAGAUAUUUGCCUGUCUGUCUGUCUUAUUUGUGACAAUCACAGCGGUAAAUCUUUCCAUUAGCACAAUGCCAGAACUGAGAGAGGAGGAAGAAAAGGUGAGUCUUUCAUUUAUGGACACUCCAGACUCCAUACAGCACGUUAUCUCUACUAAUUGCUUUAUGUGAGAAGAAUGUGUGUUCUUGGCUUUUUUUCUUUUUACAAAAAGUGCAGAUUUCAGUAAAAGUUGGCAUGUUUAUAAUUUAACCUUGUUACUAUCCCUUGGCUGUCAAUCAGACAUCAGUCCUGUUACUUCCUGGUUUGUUUAGCUCAGUGGAGAUAAACUCAAGAGGCAGCAAUUGCUCAGAGCACCUGCCUUGCAAAGACUUCUCAUUGAGCUGCAUUGGGAAGUCUGUGAUUGGACAGCCACAGAAAGCCUGGGCGGGGUUAGAAGGGGAGGGCUUGCAAAGGCUACAGAUAAGAGAUCUGCAGGUUUUACAAGCUGUUUUUAGAUAUGCUGCAAUGAAAAAUGCAUUAUUAAAUGCAUGAUUUAUCAUAUUUUAGCAGUAUAGUGCCCCUUUAAACACUAGUUACAUAAGUAACUUUAAUGUCUCAGUGACAAAACAAGAGUAAGAGACACUUCAUAGGUUCAGCAAACUAAUGAUUGAACCUCUAAAGUAGGAAUCUCAAACUCUCACCCCCAAGAUGUUGCUGAACUACAACUCCCACAAUUCUCUGGCCAACUAUUGGUUUUCAAAGAAUUCUGGGAGGUGUAGGCCACUAACAUGUGACGGGCUAUAGUCUGACAUCCCUGCUCUAAAGUCUUAAGCUAGAAGAGUUUGAAUCUGCUGGCCAGGACUAGAUUGCCUCCUACAAAAACCAGAGCCAUCUAUACACGUCGUACUCUUUAUAUCACAUAAUGUACGCAACUUGUUUUACUGUGAAAUGCCACAAUGCUAAAUAUCAAUGUUACACGUGGAUAAAAUAUCCUUUAAAGGGAACCUGUCCCUUUUACUGUCAUUUUUAAUAUAAUGUUUACUUAGUCCAAUAUUUAACAAAUCUGUAUUUGUAAGGUGUGAAAAAUAGAAUUAAAUGUAGUAAUCCCCAGCUCUUUAUCCUGCGACUGGGCACCUCUAUCUUAGCUCCCUGUCAGUCAUUGUUAUAAGCUCCGCCCUUUACACCUGGCAGUCAGUAUAGAGGGAGCAUACAGAGAGAAGGAGACAUGUAACAAUGAUUCGAUUUCUCCACUUCGUUUGCAUUGUGUGCCCUGACUGUGCCUUGUCUGAACUGGAUUCUGACGAAAUUUGCUAAAUAUUUAAAAUAAACGUAAAAGAAAAAGGAGUAUCUCAUGAGUAAAAAUGUUAGCACAAGUUAUAGGUGAUUUUCAAUGUUGUAUUCAAUAAAUAACUUUAUUGUAAAUUCCAGAGAAGAGAUAGUUGCCCUUUAAAACUCAAACCAAACAAAACAAUUGGUCGCUAGACUCCAUAAUGUUUCAGUUUACUGCUUCCAGACCUUAACAGGACACACCGCGGUCAUUGCUAACACCUCAACCAUCUAAAAAUCCUCGGCAUACGAUUCCUGGCAGCAUAAACAAACGACAUAAACUGCAAGCAUAGCUGGAACCUUCAUUUUCAGUAAUGGCACGCGAUAGUGGUUAUGGUGCCUGGAGUGAUUAUUUUAAUGUAGCCUAUAUAUGGUGAAUGUUCAUGUGUAUUGAAAGUGAUUUGAGACAUGAGUUAAUUCGCUAAACUCUGAAUUUUAAUGAAUUAAAUACCAAAUGACAAAAUUUAGGCUGAAAUGGCCAAACAGUGACUAUAGCCAAUUUAAAAAAAUUUCCGGAUCAGAUAUCGCCAUUUAGAUUCAAUUUGCUACAAUUCAGUGUUUAAUUAAUAAACAAUGCGUUGUCUGUGCUCUGUGUUAGUAAUCAGUGCCCAGUGUACGAACUGCUCCAGUAGAGGAAAGUGAUUUAAUUCCUAUUAUUUGUAUUCUCAUUGUAACACACAGUGCGCAGUGCUUUGCGUCGUUAGCCAUUACAUUCCCUUAAUAUGCUAUAUCUGGCGUCACCUGUCACAAGUAGCCACUUUUUAUUUAAAUAAUGAAUGCAGACCAUGCAGGCGCACAGGUAGAAGCUAUAAUCAGGCCGUUCCCAGUUAGUAUAAGAAAUCGGGCUAUGUAUACGUAUCCCAGUGGGUUUCCUAUUAUGAGAUACGCUGUCACAUACUAGCUAGUGCAGGCACUCGCUGACUAGGGAAGCCGCAAUGUCGGAGCAUUUGCUGCAAAUGUAGGACUUUCUAUAGUGAAUUUCUUUAAUGAAUUUAUUCAUGUGUUAGUCGUUUUUUAUUUCUGUGUUUAUGCAUCUAUGCAAAACCUUAAAGAAACGGUUCAUCAAGCUUUUAGCCACCAAAUCGUCAAGGCAACGGUCAGUGCGCAAUGAUUCAACCAGUGGCAGAAUUUAGCAUUUGUGGUUCUCUCUUUACAUUUACUGCACUUAUUCCCGUCAUACUGAAUGAGAAUCCAGACGUUCUAUGAUAGGUAGCCUGGAACAGGGAAACAUUAAAGCAAUACAUUAUUUCACAAUAGAAUUAAAUAAUUUUUAUUAGACUAACCAGAUCAGUAAAAUGUUGUUUUUUUUUUUUUCUUUUUCCCAGGGCCAGUGCUCAAAAAUGUGCUACAAUAUUUUCAUCGUUGAGUCUGUCUGCGUGGGCUGGUUUUCCCUCGAGUUCCUGCUGCGUUUCAUCCAGGCGCCCAGCAAGUUUGCUUUUCUGAGGCGACCACUGAACCUUAUAGACAUUGUAGCCAUCUUGCCCUACUACAUCACGCUGGUCGUUGACAACACUUCAACUGGGCAAAAGAAGCCAGGAUCUGGAAACAGCUACCUAGACAAAGUGGGCCUGGUUCUGCGCAUACUGCGUGCCUUGAGAAUUUUGUAUGUGAUGCGCCUGGCGAGGCACUCCUUGGGCCUACAGACAUUGGGGCUCACAGCCAGACGUUGCACUCGAGAAUUUGGACUCCUGCUCCUCUUCCUGUGUGUGGCUAUCGCCCUUUUUGCUCCCUUACUCUAUCUGAUUGAGAAUGAAAUGGCGGACUCCCAGGAAUUCACCAGUAUCCCCGCAUGUUACUGGUGGGCGGUGAUCACGAUGACGACGGUAGGCUAUGGAGACAUGGUCCCUAGAAGUAUUCCGGGACAAGUGGUGGCACUCAGUAGCAUUCUAAGUGGAAUUCUGCUCAUGGCUUUCCCGGUCACUUCUAUCUUCCACACUUUCUCACGUUCCUACAUCGAGCUGAAACAGGAGCAGGAGAGGCUGAUGUGUCGCAGGGCGCAGCUGCUUCUGAAAACAAAGUCUCAGCUGAGCGAUAUCUUACACGGGAGCGACAUAUUGUUUGAAAGCAUAUCUUCGGAGACGAAGGACAAUGACUGAAAAGGAAUUGACUGUGGAUGCACAGCUGCGUCUAUAUGAACGGACUCGGGUUUCUGUUUGCCCAGAGACCAUUUGAAAGCAGUGGCUUAUAUACUGCUUUAUGGAAAUAAAGCUACACUGAGUAUCCAUUCCUUGCUCUCUCGUUCCCUUUUAGCAACUGUGAGUGUGACUGUUUAAGUGCUGGAAGAGAGUUAUUGCUCACUCUGGAACUUCCAAAUCUACUGUGAAAGAAAGGAGAUGCUCCCUUGAUGGGGUGUCCGUGAUCCCUUCGAUUGCCUGGUGCAAUGAAGCAACACUAGAUCCCUACAGCGGUGGCUCCUCUGUUUUCUUUGUGUGUUUCUGUAGGUUUUAGGUCCAAGAAACAUGGUACUGGCUACUAAAGUAUCAUUGAAGAUCCAGGAAAUAACUCCUUGGUCCAAAUCACAAGUAGCCCUGCACCAACAAGUCCCAUCACAAUGGACCCUCCUAGCAUGCGUUGUUUCUAUUCGCUGCUCCUUUGCCAGUUCAUGUUCGCAGAUACUGUGGAUGUUGGGUUUUGAUGACAAUUGACAGUCCCUAACAUGGCACAGAUAAUUCUGCUCCCACUUGGAGACCUCCAAAGCUUUCUGAUGCAUUUCCAAGAAACAGAAUAGAGUCUUUUCCCAGCAUGCAGUGUCUGUCAGCGGUCCUCCUGAUCGUUACCCAUCCCAGUAAAUCAAUCAUUCAUAAGGAGUCAGUCCAAGUCAGGGGUUUAAUGAAAGACUUCAAGGUGAAUUUCUAAGCCAUAAAAUGUAGUCUACUAAAAAUGUGUUCCUCUUACAGCAAAUCCCUAGCCUCCAAUCCUCUUUCAAUUCCAUCCACUGAAAUAGGAAGUGGCUGGAACUUUAUAGCCAAUCCUUGAUCUCCCACUGAAACUAAUAUGAGCCACAUGAUAAAUGUGCUCCGUUAGUUGUAAUGGGGACGUCUGGCCAGCAAUGCACAGCAGUAAACUCACAAAGUUUUGCUCACGAAUGCCUUAUUUUAUGAUUGGGAUAAUUAACUCUUAAUGUUUUGAAUGGAUCUCCAACUGGUACAUGAAUGUGUGCUCUGAACAAAGAGCUUAUCAUUCUGUCUAUACAUUGUGUUAAAACAAUUGCUAGCAAAUGUAUAGAUUUUUAAAGACAUUUAGAUAAGAUUCCCCCUGGUUAACAAUUCUCAGCAUACUGACUGUACCAAUUGUAUAUGCAUAUGUGGAAGAUUGACUGACAGAUGAUGGUAGGAGAUCCCAUUUACAGGUGGUUCUCCUGCUCUUUGUCACAGCAACUAGGAACUCGGGAAAGCAGAUGAAGUUGUCACUCCAUUGAGAAUCCAAUGUGCUGACAGUGAUUUAGCUGGAAGUGGAGGUGGAUAGGUGUUUAACACCAAUAAAAAUGAGACCCAGACAGUGACACAAAAUGAUAUAGAGGGAAGUCAGUACUAAAUCAAUAUUUCCUAAAGAAAUUAAAUGUAUAACUUAACUUUAUAAUAAAUUAUAUUUUAAUGUAUUUAUCACUUAAGGAGAUAUUGGAAUGACAAAUUUAUUUUAAUGGUUUAUGAAUAUGUGAAGAAGAUGUUAAAAUUUCACUUGGAGUCUCUCUUCAAUUAUAUUUCCCAGAUCUAGCAUUGAUAGAGGUCCUAUGCAUUUUUACUUCCAAUAGAUUGCAAGCUGUUUGGCCCUACAAGAAUUACAAUGCGUCCCACUAGUGUCACGUGCACGGAUGAUUAAACACAGAAAGCUGUGAGUCCCUUGUCGGGGGUAUUGUAGUCAAACUUAGUAUUGCUUUGGCUGUGGUUUGUUUAACGUCAGAGUAGGUUUCUCAAAUUAACCCAUUCCUGUAAGUAGUGCAAUGUUACUAAAAUGAAACGUGUUUGUCUGGUCGUAGAUUUCAUUAACAUUAACUUCAAUUUACUGCAAAAAAAAAAAAAGAGAAUUCUGCCUCCAACCUUCUAUAGCUUUAAUAGUGUGUAUUUUUGUUUCCGCAGGAUGUUCAAAAUAAAAAUCGCACUGCAGUUUAAAUCAUAUUUUUGCCAUAAAUUAUAUUAUUUAUACAGAUUUGUAUAUUUGUGUAAAUACAGCUGUGUCAACAUGAAUUGUGUUGAAUAAAGAGUUGAAGAUG